AUGAAGAUUACCUCCCUGCUGAUACUUAACGCCAGACUCAGGUGCACCGUCAGGCUUCUUGUGCUGCUACUGCACUGUGUGGGAUAUUCUCAUGGGAUGCCACACGUCUUGAGAUUUGGGGGGAUAUUUGAGUCCAUUGAAAGCAGUCCGUCAGGAGCUGAGGAACUAGCCUUUAAAUUUGCUUUAAACACAAUCAACAGGAACAGAACCCUUCUGCCAAACACCACGCUCACCUACGACAUCCAAAGGAUUAACAUAUAUGACAGCUUUGAAGCCUCCAGGAAAGCCUGUGACCAGCUCUCUCUGGGGGUGGCAGCCAUCUUUGGUCCCUCUCACAGUUCCUCGGCCAAUGCGGUCCAGUCCAUUUGCAAUGCCCUGGGGGUGCCACACAUCCAGACCAAGUGGAAGCACCAAGUAUCGGACAACAGAGACAUCUUCUACGUUAGCCUCUUUCCAGACUUCUCUUCCCUCAGUCGGGCCAUCCUGGAUCUGGUCCACUUCUACAAGUGGAAGACGGUCACGGUGGUUUACGAUGACAGCACUGGUCUGAUUCGGUUGCAAGAACUUAUAAAAGCGCCAUCCCGCUACAACAUCCGGUUAAAGAUCCGGCAGCUGCCUGCAGACGCCAAGGAUGCUAAACCCCUGUUAAAAGAGAUGAAGAGGGGGAAAGAGUUCCACAUCAUCUUUGACUGUGGCCACAGAAUGGCUGCUGGGAUCCUGAAGCAGGCUCUGGCCAUGGGGAUGAUGACAGAGUAUUAUCACUAUAUCUUCACCACACUGGAUCUGUUUGCACUUGAUGUAGAGCCUUACCGAUACAGUGGUGUGAACAUGACUGGCUUCAAGAUCCUCAACACUGAGAACAGCCAAGUGGCCUCGAUCAUCGAGAAAUGGUCCAUGGAGCGACUGCAGGCUCCACCCAAACCUGACUCUGGUCUACUGGACGGCUUCAUGACCACGGACGCCGCUCUGAUGUACGAUGCCGUGCACGUGGUGGCCGUGGCUGUGCAGCAGUCUCAGCAGAUCACCGUCAGCUCAUUACAAUGCAACCGACAUAAGCCAUGGCGCUUCGGGAACCGCUUCAUGGCCCUCAUCAAAGAGGCCCAUUGGGAUGGCCUGACCGGGAGAAUCACUUUUAACCGGACCAAUGGCUUGAGGACAGACUUUGACCUUGAUGUCAUCAGUCUGAAGGAGGAUGGACUUGAGCAGGUUGGCACCUGGGACUCCCCAAGUGGCCUCAACAUGACGGACAACCAGAGGGGGAAGUCGACAAACGUCUCUGAUUCUUUAGCCAACCGAUCCUUGGUCGUCUCCACCAUACUGGAGGAGCCGUAUGUGAUGUUCAAGAAGUCUGACAAACCGCUGUAUGGGAACGACCGCUUCGAGGGCUACUGCAUAGACCUGCUGAGAGAGCUGGCCAACAUCCUGGGCUUCACUUACGAGAUCCGCCUGGUGGAAGAUGGGCGGUACGGUGCCCAGGAUGAGAACACAGGCCAGUGGAAUGGAAUGGUCAAGGAGCUCAUGGACCACAGAGCUGAUCUGGCAGUGGCCCCCCUCGCCAUCACAUACGUACGCGAGAAGAUUAUCGACUUUUCCAAGCCCUUCAUGACGCUGGGUAUAAGUAUACUGUACCGCAAGCCCAACGGGACCAACCCUGGGGUCUUCUCCUUCCUCAACCCCCUCUCGCCUGAUAUCUGGAUGUAUAUUCUGCUGGCUUACUUGGGUGUCAGUUGUGUGCUGUUUGUCAUAGCCAGGUUUAGUCCCUACGAGUGGUAUAACCCCCACCCUUGCAACCCUGACUCGGAUGUAGUGGAAAACAAUUUCACCCUGCUAAAUAGUUUCUGGUUUGGAGUUGGAGCUCUCAUGCAGCAAGGAUCUGAGCUCAUGCCGAAAGCCCUCUCCACCAGAAUUGUAGGAGGAAUCUGGUGGUUUUUCACGCUCAUCAUCAUCUCCUCCUACACGGCAAACUUAGCAGCCUUCCUCACCGUGGAGAGGAUGGAGUCGCCCAUCGACUCUGCUGACGACCUUGCCAAGCAGACGAAGAUAGAAUACGGGGUAAUAGAGGAUGGCUCCACAAUGACCUUCUUCAAGAAAACCAAGAUCUCCACGUAUGAUAAGAUGUGGGAGUUCAUGAGCAGUCGGAGGCACUCGGUGAUGGUGAAGAACAUUGACGAGGGCAUCCACCGGGUGCUCACCUCAGACUACGCAUUCCUCAUGGAGUCCACCACCAUUGAGUUUGUCACCCAGCGCAACUGCAACCUCACCCAGAUUGGAGGCCUCAUUGACGCCAAAGCCUACGGGGUCGGCACCCCAAUGGGCUCUCCGUACCGAGACAAGAUCACUAUUGCCAUCCUGCAGCUUCAGGAGGAAGGAAAGCUGCACAUGAUGAAAGAGAGGUGGUGGAGAGGAAACGGCUGUCCAGAGGAGGAGAGUAAGGAGGCCAGUGCCCUCGGGGUGCAGAACAUCGGAGGGAUCUUCAUUGUCCUGGCCGCCGGACUCGUCCUCUCCGUGUUCGUGGCCGUGGGAGAGUUCCUCUACAAGUCCAGACAGAAUGCGCAACUUGAAAAGGCCCAAUGGCGACAACGAGAUAAGAAACAGGUCCUUUUGCAGUGCGAUAGUGGACGAGCUGCGGGUUUCCCUCAAGUGCCAGCGCCGCCUCAAACACAAGCCGCAGCCGCCUGUCAUGGUGAAAACGGAGGAGGUCAUCAACAUGCACACCUUCAACGACCGCAGACUGCCAGGGAAAGAGACCAUGGCGUAAAAUGGGAUUCGCAAUCACUUCAUCACCCUCUCUCCUGCAGCGAGGAGGUUCGCAGAGACACUGGGGAAAGGGGUGGGGGUAAAUGGUAA